UUUACAGGCUGAAGUGAGACAGAAAUGCUCUCCACCGGAUCUUGUCGGAUUAUCUGAAACAUCGAUGUCCCUGUCCUAACAGCACACAGUCACCCAUCAGUGGAAUAAUCGGGCCUAACACUCACCUGCGUACGGAUAUCAAGGUGUAUCAAUGUCCGCAAACCACGGACACUCGUCUUACGAGCCCGGUUACCUUUCAUCUGCGGCCACUUCAUCCGUGUACAUUGCCACCCCCCGGGUCAGCCCGAUGAUUCGGACGCUUCCCUACCUCCAGACGUCCCAGCAGGGCAGCCCGGUGCCCUGCCACGGGGCGUGGACGCAGCCGGGCGCGGAUACGGUGGCCUAUUAUAACUCCGCCAGUGGGCACCAUCAAUCCCGGGUGUCAAGGUUCACCUUUUCCACGAGUCCCCCGAUGACCUCCUGGAUCGCAGAAACCCGGGACACAACGACCUACCCGAGCCCGUUAAACAUCUCGAGUAGCGCGUGCGAAGGAUUGAAAUUUGAUAAUGAUCCGUCCCAUCACGACGUGACAGUGGGGCAGACAUCGCCCCACAAUUCACACGCUCAUGACCUUCUGCAAAAUCAUCAAACAAUUCUGAAAGAAAGUAACGCCUGUGGACUCUACCACAAAAUGAACGGAAUAAAUCGGCCUCUCAUUAAACCACAAAGCGGAUUGUCUGCCAAAAGACACAAAGUGGGUUUGUUCUGCACCGACUGUCACUCCACCACAACCCCACAGUGGAGACGCAACUCUGAGCGAAAGCUGGUCUGCAACGCCUGUGGCCUCUACAUGAAACUCCAUGGGGUUCCUCGUCCUCUUUCCUUGAAGAAAGGAGGUUUUUUUAAUCGUCAGCGCAAAAAAGAUAUCAACAAGUCUAACUCUGGAGCGUCCGGCUGUGAUGUUGAGACACCCGCUGCUGUGAGCUCCAGUCCAGACUCAUUAUCUGUCAUCUCUCAUCACAGUAUACACACAGGUGUCUGCUGUGCCCGCAUACCUGGGGGAUACACAUGAAGAUGAAAUCACUCCUGCUGGACAUGACUCUGGUAACCAGUGCUAGGACCUGAGGAUUGGAGAGAUAUGCUCAGAUUUUUUGGUUCUGGUUGGAUUUAAUGAUGAAUGAUGCGUUCUGUCAAUAAAAUCUUACUUUUAGAAUCAACUUCAAAGUAUUAUUUAUUGUCUAUAAAUCACUUAAUGGUCUAGGACCUAAAUACAUCUCAGAUAUGCUCAUUGAAUAUAAACCAAACAGUCUUCUCAGAUCAUCAGGAUCAAGUCAGUUACAGAUAACAAGGGUUCACUCAAAACAGGGCAAGUCAGCGUUUAGCCAUUAUGCCACCCGUAGCUGGAAUCUGCUUCCAGAAGAUAUCAGACAUUCACCAACAGCAGCUACUUUUAAAUCCAGAUUAAAAACACACUUGUUUAGCUGUGCAUUCACAACCUGAGCACUGUGCUGCUUUACAUCAACUGCACUUCUGUUUCUAAUUUAUUUUCAAUUUGCUCUUAUUCUUUUAACAUUUUUUAAUCAAUUUUAUUGCUGUUUUAUUGUUUCUUAAAAAUCUUAAGCGGUCUUAAAUCAUUUGCACUUAAAAGAUACAUUUUAUUUCUUUCUGUCAAUCAUUUUAUGUAAAGCACUUUGAAUUGCACUUGUGUAUGAAAUGUGCUAUAUAAAUAAACUUGCCUUGCCUUG